AUGGCGCCUGAAACACGUGUACAGAUAUAGACCUAUCACCGCCUUUUACGCGUGUCUACAUCUUCAUCCGACGGCUCUGAACGAUCAUGAUGAGAUGACAUAAAUCAAGAACUCGCCAGCUAAGGGAUUAGUAUUACCAUAAAGAUCGAGACUUUUUGCUAAUUUCGUUGAGACUUUACUGAAAUAGUGAGUGAGAGAUGGCGUUAGCAUUGAAGGCUUUGCACACUUCUUUUGCUGUGCAUUUUUUGGCUGUGGUUGGCGCGAUUUUGGUGUUGAUUUGGUGUAUUAGCUUCAGGGGAGGUUUGGCAUGGGACUCUUCCAACAAGAACCUUAUUUUUAAUCUUCAUCCUGUUCUUAUGUUCAUUGGGUUCAUAAUAAUUGGAGGAGAAGCCAUUGUAAGUUACAAAAGCCUCCCACUAAAGAAGCCUGAGAAGAAACUCAUACAUCUCGUAUUGCAUGCUAUUGCUCUCAUACUCGGCAUCAUUGGGAUAUACACAGCCUUCAAGUUUCACAAUGAAAGCAAUAUUGCCAAUUUAUAUAGUUUACACUCUUGGCUCGGGAUUGGUGUUAUCGUUCUCUAUGGUAUUCAGUGGGUUUAUGGCUUCGUUGUCUUCUUCUUCCCUGGAGGAACACCAACUAUCAGAAGUGAGUCGCUUCCAUGGCACGUGCUCUUUGGUAUCUUUGUGUACAUCUUAGCUAUUGCCACAGCAGCCUUGGGGUACCUUGAGAAGCUGACAUUCCUUGAGAAUUCUGGGCUUGACAAAUACGGGUCAGAGGCGUUCCUUGUGAACUUCACAGCCAUAGUCACUGUGUUGUAUGGCACCUUCGUCAUCUUAACCACCCUCUGCCAGUCACCUACAGAAGAUGAGUACAGUUACUCAGCUAUUUGAAGUGGUUGUAUGUUUUUGCUAUUUGUGUCAAGUGUUCAAAUGUCACCUUAAUUUGACUAGCCAUACAGGCUAGUGGACUGGAUGACUAUGUAUUUGGAACGAUUAUCACUAUAAGUUGAAGUAAUGUUGAUUACACAAA